AUGACGCGACCGGAAAGUUCAGCUACAGAUGUGCACGCCGGCAUCAACGCCGUCUUCCAGCUGGACAUCGCCUGCGGCCGCGUCUCGGAACUCGUUGCUGCGGCUGCAAGCCUGCCGAAUAAGCCAGCGACUCCAGGCGGAGCGAGUAUGCCGCGCUUAUCGAGGGAUGGGAGGACACUGGCGUUUGUACGGCGGAGCGAUGAUAGAGAGGUCUUGGCGUGGAAGGAUAUGCGAUCAGGUACUGUGCAUCAUGCUUGGGGUGGACUGGAGUACGAUCUGAGCACUAUACCGGCUUUUGUGGGCACAUAUCCUAAUUACGGGUGGUCCAGAAAUGAUAGUAUCAUUGUUCUUUGGUCACAGGGCCAGAUCUGGUGGGUAGACCUCGUGCUCAAUGAGCAAGGGGAACGCGUGGCUGAGCGGACUCCUUCGGUGCUAAAGUUUGAGGCGCAGGUCGAGAUGAAGCUUACGAAAACACGUUACUCGGAGACAAGGAUCAGGAAGGAGGAACUCGCUUUUCAUCGACGUAUUAGAGCUUUGCGAGGACUGCGGAGUGACUUCACUGGUCAUCGAGUCGUCUUCGAAGCCGCGGGGGACAACUACUUGGUUGAUCCGGUUACGGCAGCUGUGUUGGCCAUUCCGAAGCCGUUGUCGGAGAAAUCCUGCUAUGCGCCAUCCUUCGUCAAAGACUCGGUUCUCUUCUUGUAG